UUAUUAUCAUUUUCCCAUAAUGAAAUUCAUCAGUCUAGUACUAUAUCCUCUCAAUUUCUGAUACGCAUUACCUCGUUGUUUUACUGAAGAGAAGUGGUUGUAAAGGAAACACCGUUGGAUCUCUUGGUUUUGCUUUUGUGCCGUUUGAUUUCCCUUCUCGUUGUCACCAUCUUUGAGCUUUUAAGCGUCUCUCUUAUUUGCUUCAACACCAAAAACAAGAUAAUAAUAAAAUAAAAAUGGUAUCAAAAGGAAGAGUUAGCUCUUGCUCUGCUCUCACUCUGCUCUCACUCUGCUUCCUUGUAUUUUUCAUUUUUUCUGUUCUUUCUGCAGUGGAUUUCUUGGCUUGCCUUUUUGUCAUUUGAUUCGUUUUUUGUUCUUUUUUUAAUUAUUUUGGAUUCUACUCAGAUUGACAUUUUUUUUUCCCCUUUUAUAUUGAAAAAUCCAAAAAAAAAAAAAUUUGAAAUAAAAAUAAAAGGAGUUGGAUUACUUUGCUCGUGAAGCUCCCAUAAAAUAUAUAUCACAGAAGAUUGUACUGCUAGGCAAACAUGAGCUGUAUUGCUGAGAUCGGUAUAACUGCAAUUGCUGAAAAUAUUGCUAAUUGCACGGUUGGAGCGAUUGGUCGUCAGUUGGGUUAUAUCUUCCAAUACGAAAGCAACAUAAGCAACCUGCAAACAGAAACUCACAGUUUGGAUCUUGAAGAACGGAAGAUGAAGGAGUUGGUGAAUGAUGCCAUAAGAAAGGGUCAUGCGAUUUUUGAAAUCACCAAGGACUGGCAAAAGCAUGCAGGAGAGAUACAUAAACAAGCCAAAGAGAUUUUAGAAGAUAAAAACCAUGCAAACACAGGGUGGUGUACUUUCAGAGGGUUGUUGCUUCUGAAUUUGGUGCCACGGUAUCGACUAAGUAAGAAAGCCAAGAAGAUGUGCGUGUCUGUUGUUGAAAUCAAAGGCGAGGUCAAAUUUGAAAACAUUUCUUACCGUCCCCAUCUUCGAAGUGAUUUUACAAACAAAGAUUACAUAAACUUCGAUUCAAGAAAUAAAAUUGUGGAUGGAAUAUUGGAGGCGUUGGGAGAUGGCAACACCAGAAUGAUUGGGGUGCAUGGCAUGCCAGGUGUAGGCAAAACCACGCUUGUUAAAGAAGUUUCAAGAAUGGCCUUGGAGCGGGAAUUAUUCAGUGAAGCGGUUCUGGUUCCUGUUUCAAAUACUCCAGAUGUCGUAAAGAUUCAAAAAGCAAUUGCAGAAAGGCUAGGUCUACAACUUGAUGAGGAAAACAUAUCUGAAAGAGCACUUCGGCUGCAAGAUAGAUUGCAGAAAGAAAAGAAGUUCUUGAUAAUUCUAGACGAUCUUUGGAAUAAAUUAAAGCUUGAAGAUGUUGGAAUAGUUUUUGAAGGUGAUCAGACAGGAUGUAAGAUAUUGUUUACGUCAAGAUUCCAACGGGUGUUGCAAGAUAUGGGUGUUGUUAAGAUUUCCGAAGUUGGACUUCUAGAAAAUGCUGAAGCAUUGAAGUGGUUCAGGGCUAUAGUGGCUCAAACGGUUGAAAAGUACGCAGAAUGUGCAGAGCUGGUAAAUGAUAUUGUUGUAGAAUGUGCAGGUCUUGCAAUUACCAUUGAAACAAUUGCAUGUGCAUUGAAAGAUCGAACACUAGAUACUUGGCAGGAUGUCUUGAAUCAACUGAAGAACUCAAACCUAUCAGAUAUCAAUAGUGAAGUGAAUGAAAAAGUGUUCAAGAGUAUCGAAUUAUGUUAUAAUUUUGUACACAAGAAUGAAGCAAAGUUACUACUUUUGCUUUGUAGUUUGCACGGAGAAGAUGAAAGCAUACGAAUAGAGACUUUGACGAGAUAUUGUAUGGGCUGGGGGAUAUUUAAAAAUAUACAUAAAUUGCAGGACGCUAGAGUUAAAGUGCGCAGUUUGAUCGAUGAUCUAAAAGAUCGUGCACUGUUGUUGGAUGGUGAAUAUCGCCAUUCAGUUCAAAUGCACGAUAUCGUUCGUGAUGUUGCCAUAUCAAUUGCAAGAAAAAGUCAUAUCUAUUGUUUUACAGAUGAUUCUGAGGUAAGAUACCUUGAAAGUGAAGUUCUUGAAAAAUCAAAGGCGAUUAUGCCACCUGAUGGUUAUGUGGCCGAGCUACUUCGUGAAGGGUUGGAAUAUAAACAGCUUGAGUUAAUUUGGAUGUGGCAAAGCGAUGCUUCCCAAAUCCCAGAUAGAUUUUUUGAAAUCACAAAAAAGCUUAGAGUUCUAUAUCUGGGUUCGUAUGCACGUUUAGUAAAAUUGCCUUCAUCUUUAUGUUCUCUGGGAAAUCUCCGUACAUUGAUUUUGCGUUACGUGAGUGUGGAAGACAUAUCUUUGAUUGGAGGGCUCAGAAGCUUGGAAAUUCUUGACCUUUCAAGGUGUGGUGUCAAGGAAUUACCAAGAGAAGUCGGAAAACUUCGUUGUUUACGCAUGUUAGAUUUGCGUGGAUGCACUGAACUUAAAAUCAUUCAACCCGAUGUCAUAUCAAAUUUGAAAUCAUUAGAAGAGUUGUAUGUGGUGAAGAGUUUUAAGGGCUGGGAUGGUCAAGUUCAAGGAGUCAACGAGGACCAAAGAAAUGCCAGUCUUGAUGAGCUAAAACUUUUGGAACGAGUGACUACUGUACAUUUAGAAAUUGUUGACAUCAAGGUGCUGCCGAAAGACUUAUUCAGAUCCAAAAAAUUGGAACAAUAUCAGAUUUUUAUAGGAUGUGAAUUGACUCACUGGCAUUCUGAUGAUUCUUCAAAAUGUAUGGAACUCAGCCUCGAUGAAAACAAACUAUUGGAUGACUAUGGUCUUGCAAGGUUGUUGGCGAGCACUCAAGCGUUGUCUUUGGAUGGAUUGCAAGGUGCGCAUAAUGUUGUCUAUGAAUUAGACAAAGACGGUUUUCCAGAUUUAGAGCACUUUCAAUUGAAAAAUAACCGGACGAUCCAGUUCUUGGUUGAGUCGACGGAGCAAAUUCAUCCUUGCAGCGUGUUUAGCCGCUUGGAAACAUUGCAGCUUGACAAUUUGGAAAAUCUGGAGGAGAUAUGUGAUGGGGAACUCACAAAAGAAUCAUUUAAAAGAUUGAGAAUUAUAAAGGUAAGCAGUUGUAACAUGCUGAAGAAUUUUCUGCCAUUCUCCAUGAGUAAGCUUGAGGAAUUUGAAAUAAAAGAUUGCGGCAUGAUGGAGGAGAUUUUUUCUGAUCAUGAAGAAGAAGACAUGAGCAAGGAAGCUAUUCCCGAGUUUCCUCAAUUACGCUCCUUGAAGUUGAAAAAUGUUCCAAGGCUUAAAAGUUUCUGCUCCAAAUUGAAGAAAAUUCAAAGGUCUGAAAAGGGGAAGCAACCAAUGGAUGUAGAUAAUUCUGUAAAGACCCUGCUUAGUGGGAAGUUGGUUUUUCUCCCCGUUUUGGAGGUAUUGGAGUUGUCCAAUUGCAAUGAUUUAAUAACAAGAAUACGGGAUGAUCAGAUUCUACCAAGCUCUGCUUCUUUUCACAACUUAACAAAAUUGCUCGUAGAAUUCUACAAUUCUUUGGAAUAUCUAUUUUCCUCUGCUGUGGCAACGAGUUUUGUACAACUGAGAUCCCUUGUAGUAAGACAUUGUUCGAAUAUGAAAGAAAUAGUGAGAAAUAGUGAAAACAUUGUUAAGAUGUCAUUUCCUAAGCUAAAUUUUCUACAGAUUGAUAAUCUUGAACGCUUCGCUACUUUCUCCUCUGAAAUUGACAUCGACUUUCCAGUUUUAACUGAACUCUGCAUGAAGGACUGCCCGGAAUUUUCGACUUUCAUUUCCAAGUCUGAAGAUGAAAAGCCGCGAUCUCUCUUCAACGAAAAGGUAGCAUUCCCCAGCUUGCAAAGUGUAGAAAUUAAAGGCUUGGUUCAAUUGAAGAUGAUAUGGCAGUACAGACUCAGUACUGCAGAUUCAUUUUCCAAACUGAAAUAUGUAAAAGUAGAAAAUUGCAAUAAUCUGGUGAAGAUAUUUCCAUCUAAUAUGCCGAGGAGACUCCACAAUCUAAAAAGGUUGGAAAUAAGUGAUUGUGAGAUGGUAGAAGAGGUAUUUGAAAUCGAAAUGCCAAACGUUGAAGGAACUUACAAUGUAAUACCCUCUGAAUCUGAGUUGAUUCAUUUGAGUUUAUCACGUUUAUCAAAACUCAAGAAUGUAUGGAGUAAAGAUCCCCAAGGAACUCUUACCUUCCCACAUCUUAAGGAAGCCACAGCUGAGUCGUGUCCAAAUCUAGAGUCAAUCUUUCCAGCUUCUAUUGCCAAAGGUCUUUCCCAGCUUCGAACAUUGCAUAUUUCUGAUUGUGGGAUAGAAUACAUUGUUGGUAAGGAGGAAGGAUUGGAGACAUUACCACCUAAAUUCCAAUUCCAUCAAUUGGAGGAAAUAAGACUUAAAAACUUGAUCAACUUUGUGAGUUUCUAUCAAGGACUUCAAACCUGUAGUUUUCCUUUAUUAACAACUUUAAUUGUCAGCGAGUGUAUGAAACUGAAGGUUAUUGCUUCGGAGUUCUUCAACGUUCAAGCAACGCAUGGCUGCGUGGAAAUGGGUCGAUUAUAUAAACUAUGUAGACCCCUAUUCAUCUAUGCUGAAAGAAAAGGUUAUACAGGAGUGUUAAUACUAGAAGGAUUGCCAGAGUUGAUGCAGUGGAUGGAUGAGAGCUCGCAGGACCAUCCUGCCUUUAAAAAUUUUCAAAUUUUACAAGUUUGGGAUUGUAACAUGUUGAAGAACUUAGUCCCAUCCUCAAUAUCAUUUCAAAAUUUAGAAAUGCUGACAGUCUCUCGGUGCCAUGGAAUGAUAAAUUUAAUAUCUUCCCAAACUGCCAAAAGCAUGAACCGUCUGAAAGAGAUGAAGAUAAGUUAUUGCCUAAGAUUGACGGAAAUUAUCUCAGAUCAGCUGGAAGGUGAUCAUGAUACAAAAAGUGGUGAAAUUGUUUUUAGCGGAUUGAAAAGUUUGGAAAUUUAUAUGCUACCAAGCCUCACAAGCUUCAAUUUAGGGAAAUAUAUUAUGGGAUUUCCAGAGUUGGAAAGUCUAGUCGUUUAUGGGUGCUCUGCGAUGCAAUGUUUCUCUGUUUAUGGCAUGAUAAGCACCCCAAAACUGAAUGAACUUCGACUGGAUGGUAAGACAACUACGAGAGUCGACAACAACACCGUAGAUAUUAAUAGCAUCAUAAAACAUCACUUCAAGAGCCAACCAGGUGUCUCUCUCUUCCCCCCUUGUCAGCCUGCAACCGAAAGCUCAUCAUCUAACACUAAGAGUCUCUGAAUCCAUUUCUUCGAUGCUCUCGAUCUGGAGACAUAGAUUCUAUAAUCUCAACCUUAGAUCUCGUUCUCGCACAUAUUUUUUUAAUUUUAACAAAAUAUAUCACCCAUUUAAUUUAUUUUUGUUUUGUGGUUUUUUUUUUUCUUUAUGCAAAAACUAUAUAUUUUACACCCAUGGUUGUAUAAAUUUGGACUCCUGAACCAAUUAGCCAUGGGUUAUAAUUUUUUUCUUUUUUCUUUUUUAGCACCAAUAAUGUUUUUUUUUUUCUUGAGCAACAAUUCAUGGGCUUGGUUUAUCUUUGAACUAUAUUUUUA